CCCCUGCUCUUUCCAGAGCUGACACUGGUUGGGGCGUGCCGGGAAGCAGGGAGGGCAGAGCGUGAGCCUCCCAGGUCUUUCUGCAGAGAACGGCCACGAUUUAAUGAAGAAGUGCAAAUGGAUGCACGACUGGAAAGAGAUUUGUCAGGAGCUCCUUGUUCAUCCAUGCAGACCUCCUGCCACCUUUUCUUGACUAUCUACAUGUGGAGAAGGACCAGUCUCAAGCCUGAAGGAGGUGGAUCCUUUAGAACAGACCAGGUUUGCUGGACUCCUCUUCUCUCUAGGACUGUAUCCCAUGGGAUUCUUCAAAGAAGAUCCCUGAACAAGCCAAAGUCUGCUCUCCUGAAGUCCAAGGUUGUGAUCCUGCUCCUCGCUUUGCUCUUUUUUCUCAGGAUCCUGAAUUUCACCAUCUUAUGCUGCCAUAUCAGAGGCUUCAUGGACACAGCAUACAGCCUCUCCUCUGCUGCUAGGGCACUGACCCCCUUCUGGAGCUGCAUAUCUGUAGAUGGGGCUGGAGCCAUCCUCCUGGUGCCAGAAGUCACCAACUUCCAGCCUUCACCAUCACAGCAGUCUCCAUUUCCCAGUGCCACAAGCAUGGACUGUGCCUCCCCCUCCGUCGAUGCAGCUGGGGGUUCAGGCUCUAGUACCUACAGGAUUUUGGAGAGGCUCCAGUCAAUCUCUUGUUUGCCAUCUCUGAUGCUGCGCAGCCUGUGGACCCCCUCCUGCAGCUCCCUCAGUUGGCAGCAUGGGCCAUCCCCAGCACCCAUGUGCUGCAGGCGAGGAGCACGUCUAAGCUGGGCCCCUGCUGAGAGGCCUCUGGUGUCUCCACAGCCCCUGGCCACAGAGCUGCAUGCACCCUUAGGAGCUCACUCUGGUCUGAGGUCUCUGAUGUGCCAGGGAUAGAUGGUCCUGGGGAGCUGGGGACCAUGCCCUGCCACAUGUCACCACCACUGCAGAGGAUGUGGAUGCUGUUCUGAGCAGAGAUGCUGGCCUCCUCUGUGUGUUGUCCUCCAAAACCUGCUGUGUCUGGGAGCAGACUAGCCAAAUCAGAAAACCAUCACUUAUUUUUAGUUUUGCACUGGACUUGUAAGCAGAGUGUCAACUUUUGGCAGUUCUUCCCAGCAGAUGUAUGAGCUGCACUCUGUCCUCCAAAACAGCUGGAAAUGUAAUUAAGUCAAGAUGCUUGUCCCUGUGUAGACCUUCACAGACUAACAGAGAAGUUUCAAGUCCCUUCCAUUCUCUUUCUAGAGCAUCAUAAUCUCUUUAAGGUUCACAAGUGUUCAUCUCUUUAUUUGGAAGAGCUCAAGGGCUCAGGACUCCGUAAAAUUCUCUCAGCUCUCUGUUUAACCACGUUCUCAAGUGUUUCAGUUUAGACAUACAAAAUAUAUGGUUGUGCUAGAACUUUCUUAUUCUGUGCUUCAAUUUCCUACUUGUAAAAUAAGCAUAAUACACCUUUAGGCCACCUGGUAUUUGAAAUUAUGAAAUUGUGAAAACAAAUCAGGUAACUUAACAAUUACAGCUUUGUUCAGUCUGAGCUAUUCCACAUAAAUGGGUCAAUUUCUAAUUUAAAAAUGUUUUGCAGGAGGAUUUUUCUUCGUUUUCUAAAUCAGAAAUUAAAAAUACAAGACUAUUCUAUGUAAUUUCAUGUAAUGCAAAUUCCAAUUCCCACACAGGUUUCACAGUCAAUACUAUUAGAAACCUGUGAGGGAAUUAAUGAUAAUGAGAAAAACCUCCUUAGGGGGCUAAUUUUAAGUGUGCUGUAAACAAGGAAUGACACCACAUGCUGAACAAUGCAGAAUAAAAAUUUAAUAGGUUGCUACCCCAUAAGUAAGAUGCCAUCCAUCCUUUUCAGUAAAUGAGGAUGAAAUCUUGAGAAAGAAGCAGCAUUUGUUCAGGUAGUUAGAGACUCUAUCAUAGCACAUGCCAUAUGCAUAUACACAAGGAAAAUAAAAUAAAGUUGAGGAGGAAAGUUUAAUUAAAUUUCCUAAAGUUAAUUAAGGGAAAUCUUAAGGGGCUCCUACAAGCAGCCUUCUAGGACCUAUGUCGAGGUCAUCAAGAAGACAGACAGGCAGGAUGAGAGAGAACGAACCUAAAUUGCAACAAGAGAGGUUCAGACUGCAUGGAAAGAGAAACUUUUACACUGUGAUGACAGCCCAGCAGCAGAGCAGGUUUCCUGGGGACUGCACAUUUUCAGGACCCAUCUGGAUAAACCCAUGAGCAACCUGGUCUGACCCCCUAGCUGACCCUGCUUUGAA